AUGGCGACUAGUAUGCGUGGGCUGACGCAGUUCAUCGCGGACAUUCGCGGUGCCAGGGUUAGAGAUUUGGAAGAGAAGCGGAUAAACAAGGAGAUGGCCAAUAUCAGAAAGAAAUUCAAAGAAGGAAACCUGGACGGGUACCAGAAGAAGAAAUAUGUCGCUAAGAUCAUCUUCACCUACAUUCUUGGUUAUAAGGUCGACAUUGGGCAUAUGGAGGCCGUUAAUCUGAUAUCCAGCUCGAAAUACAGCGAGAAACAGAUAGGUUACCUGGCCGUCACCCUUCUGAUGCACGAGAACUCGGAUUUCCUGCGACUAGUUGUGAAUUCAAUAAGGAAAGACCUGCACGGCAACAAUGAAAUCGACAACUGUCUGGCCCUGCAUGCUAUUGCGAAUGUUGGUGGAAGUGAAAUGGCAGAGGCGCUUUCUGUGGACGUGCAUCGGCUUCUAAUAUCACCGACAUCACAGAGUUUCGUUAAGAAAAAGGCAGCAUUGACGCUUCUUCGACUAUAUCGUAAACAUCCGGACGUCAUACCUGCCGCAGAGUGGGCGCUACGAAUAGUCUCAAUAAUGGAUGACGACGAUUUGGGUGUGGUCAUCUGCGUUACAAGUCUGGUCAUGGCAAUGGCACAGGACCAUCUAGAUGCUUUCGCGGUAUGCUAUACGAAAGCUGUUGAUAGGUUGCAACGGCUUGUCAUCGAGCAUGAAUAUUCAGCAACCUAUGCCUAUUACAAGGUACCCUCACCUUGGCUGCAAGUCAAGCUACUUCGCCUUCUGCAGUAUUACCCGCCUUCCGAGGAUCCUGCUAUACGGUCUGUACUGCAUCAAGUACUGCAGACAAUCAUGAACAACAGUGCGGAGCCUUCGCGAAAUGUGCAACAUAACAACGCACAGCAUGCUGUCUUAUUUGAAGCCAUUGGCCUCGCAAUACAUCUUGAUACGAACUCGCCUCUCGUCGGCACAGCCGCUGUCCUUCUUGCGCGGUUUAUAUCAUCAAAGGAGACCAAUGUCAGGUAUCUUGGUCUUGAUACGAUGGCACAUCUCGCCGCUCGUGCAGACUCACUGGAACCGAUCAAGAAGCACCAAGGGACGAUCAUUCUGUCCUUACGGGACAAAGAUAUAUCCGUUCGACGUAGAGCACUGGAUCUUCUCUACAGCAUGUGCGACUUGGACAACUCCGAGCUCAUCGUCGGCGAGCUUCUACGGUAUCUCAAGGUCGCUGACUAUGCUCUCCGCGAAGAAAUGGUUUUGAAAAUCGCUAUACUCACAGAAAAGUAUGCUAGCUCAUACAAGUGGUAUGUCGAUACCAUUCUGCGACUAAUCAGCGCUGCUGGGGACCAUGUCGGUGAUGAGGUUUGGUACCGAGUUGUUCAAAUCGUCACAAAUACGGAGGAUCUGCAAGAAUAUGCUGCCAAAGUAAUAUUCGCUCACUUGAAGACUCCUUCCACUCACGAGAGCUUGGUCAAAGUAGGAGGCUAUAUCCUGGGUGAAUAUGGUCACCUGAUUGCGAAUGAACCUGGAUACAGUCCCAUUGAACAAUUCCAGGUCCUUCACUCGAAAUCGCAAUUCUGUAUCGCUUCCACACGUUCUCUCCUUCUGUCCACAUACAUUAAAUGGGUCAACGUUUUCCCUGAGAUUAAGCCUCAGCUUUUGACCAUCUUCGACCGCUAUCGCCAUGUUCUAGACGCGGAGUUGCAGCAACGAGCGUGCGAGUUCUACGCAUUGGCGUCGAGACCCGAUGACGAUGAACUCUUACAGAAUGUCUGUGAAGAGAUGCCACCCUAUCCGCCUCGUGUUAGUGCUCUUCUUGGUCGACUGAACAGGAAACAUGGAGACACAGAAGAUAAACGUACGUGGGUUCACGGAGGUAAAGAGGCGAAUUUGGAUCGGGAGGUUGUCCAAAGAAAAUCGACACUACUCCCUGAUAUCAAUGGACAUGAGUCCUCCCAAGCCUUUGCGGCCCCGGAUAGCCACGAUGUUCUGGGCUCGCUUGCCGGCUUGGACCUGAGCAGACCUUCGGCCAUCUCGGACGAUCCUCCCGCUCCGCAUGUAGCUACCGGUCCAAGCGUAGAACGAUGGUUUGACAAACUUGUAUGCAAUGCCGAAGGGGUCCUUUAUGAAGACGUCCAGGUCCAAAUCGGAGUCAAGUCUCGGUAUCAGGGUCACCUCGGACAGCUUGCCGUUUAUAUCGGUAACAAAGUGCCCACUGCUCUAACGUCUUUUACUACUACCAUACAUAUCAGCGACCCAGCGGCUUUAUCCGUGACAUUUGCUAAGAUUCCGCCAAACUCCAUUGCGCCGCGCACACAAACCCAGCAGCUUCUGCACGUUGAAUGCAAAAAAGUGUUCUCUGUACCUCCAAUCCUCACCAUCUCAUUCUUGGCGGGGUCCCACCAAACCAUAUCUGUCCGCCUUCCCAUCGUUGUAACGAAAUUUAUCGAGAACCGUUGGAGACUCAUUGGCGGGCCUCCUCGGGAAGCCCAGGUCGUAUUUCCUGUCGACCUGACAAGCUCUGGGCAACUGGACCUAGCCAAAAAUAAUAGGGUAGUAGCAGGGCACCAUCUCAACGUGUUGGAUGAUAUAGAUCCGAAUCAGAACAACAUCGUGGCGGCGGGCGUGUUGCAUACUUCCGUCGAUGGUAAAGUCGGGUGUCUACUGCGUUUGGAACCGAAUCAGGAUGCCAAGCUUUGUCGUUUAACGAUACGUAGUACUGAUGAAGAGGUGGCCGCAGAGGUUCUGAAAUUGAUCCAGAAACCGCUGAAGGCCGGUUCAUAG